UGAGGAUUAGCGGGCCACAUCUAGCAGGCGUUUUGUCCAGGAGGAGGGGCGUGGAAACCGGUGCUGGAGUGGCCACUACCCUGCCGGAGCGGAAGCACGGAGCCCCGCUGACAUCCGGCAGCUGGCCAAAGCCAUGGACAUAGACUCUGAGAGAGAGAAAAUAACACAGGAGAUCCAAGAGCUCGAAAGGAUUUUGUAUCCUGGAUCCUCCAGCAUCCCCUUGGAGGUCUCGGAUUCCAGUCUCAGUUCGGACUCUGAAGCAGGUUUCGUGCCUGAUGAGAACUUGGAAAUUGCUGGUGCCCCCAUCCUGGAAGAAGAAAGGUGGAGUGAGGCUAGCAAUGAUGAGGAGGACCCAAAGGACAAAGCUCUUCCUGAAGACCCUGAGACAUGUCUGCAGCUAAAUAUGGUCUACCAGGAGGUGAUCCGAGAGAAGCUGGCAGAGGUUAGCCAGUUGCUAGCCCAGAACCAGGAGCAACAGGAGGAGAUCCUGUUUGAUCUGGCUGGGACCAAAUGUCCCAAGGUAAAAGAUGGCAAAAGCCUGCCCUCUUACAUGUACAUAGGCCACUUCAUGAAGCCAUACUUCAAGGACAAGGUCACUGGAGUGGGGCCUCCUGCCAAUGAAGACACACGAGAGAAAGCUGCCCAAGGAAUCAAGGCCUUUGAACAGCUCUUGGUGACCAAGUGGAAGCACUGGGAGAAAGACUUGCUCCGGAAAUCUGUAAUGAGUGACCGCCUGCAACGCCUGCUUCAGCCCAAGUUGCUGAAGCUUGAAUACUUACAUGAAAAGCAGAGCCGAGUCUCCAGUGAGUUGGAGAGGCAGGCCCUGGAGAGGCAGGUUAAGGAAGCAGAAAAGGAGAUUCAGGACAUCAACCAGCUCACAGAGGAAGCUUUGCUGGGGAACCGGCUAGACAGCCACGACUGGGAGAAGAUUUCCAACAUUAAUUUUGAAGGACGCCGCAGUGCAGAGGAGAUCCAGAAGUUCUGGCAGAGUUCUGAGCACCCAAGCAUCAACAAGCAAGAGUGGAGCACAGAGGAGGUAGAGCAGCUGAAAGCCAUCGCUGCCAAACACAGCCACCUGGAGUGGCAUUUGGUUGCAGAGGAACUAGGGACAAGCCGCAGUGCCUUCCAGUGCCUGCAGAAAUUCCAGCAGUACAACAAAGCCUUGAAACGCAAAGAAUGGACAGAGGAGGAAGACCACAUGCUCACCCAGCUGGUCCAGGAGAUGCGCGUUGGGAACCAUAUCCCAUACCGCAAGAUUGUCUACUUCAUGGAAGGGAGAGACUCCAUGCAACUGAUCUACCGUUGGACCAAGAGCUUAGAUCCCAGCCUGAAAAGGGGACUCUGGACCCCAGAGGAAGAUGCUAAGUUGCUUCAAGCUGUCGCCAAGUAUGGGGCGCAGGACUGGUUUAAAAUCCGGGAAGAGGUGCCAGGUAGGAGCGAUGCCCAGUGCAGAGACCGCUACAUCAGAAGAUUACAUUUCAGCUUGAAGAAGGGACGAUGGAAUGCAAAAGAAGAGCAACAGCUGAUCCAGUUAAUAGAAAAGUAUGGUGUUGGUCAUUGGGCAAGAAUAGCUUCUGAACUGCCCCAUCGGUCAGGCUCCCAGUGUCUGAGCAAGUGGAAAAUCUUGGCCAGGAAGAAGCAGCAUUUCCAGAGGAGGAAAAGGCAGAAGCCUCAUCACAGUAGCCAGUGGAGCUCUAGCAGCAGCAACAGCAGUGGCAGUGAGGUCUAUGACAGCAGGAGCAGCAGCAGCAGCAGCAGCAGCAGUAGUGAAGACUCAGAUGUGGAGCCAGAGGAGUCUCUGGAGAAUGGCAGAGCACUGGAUCCUCAACAGUACAGAGUGCCAGACAUUGACCUGUGGGUUCCGACCAGGCGGGUUACCAGCCAGUCACAGAGAGAAGGGACGGGGUGCUACCUAGCACAUCCUGCUGUUCCCUCCUACACUCCUGAUACCACUCAAAGUCACCACAAGAAAGGUUCCACCACAGUCUCUGCUCCUGAGAUAAGCCAGCUGCAGAUGCCCUGUGAGACCCACGGCACUGUUCCAAAAGGGGUCCAGUUCCUACGCUUACCGGACACUCGCCUAGCAAGUGUGAAGGACCCUACCUGCAAGCAUGUGUUGAAAGUGCCCCUAGAGAAAAUGCUGAAGUUGAUCAGGACUCGCCCAACCAUCCAGAGCCACACACUGGUGAAGGAAAGACUGAGGCAGCCACCCCUGCCUAAUUCACGCUCAGGAUCUGACCCUGGUGACAGUGUGGCUGGGCUUCAUCUACGGCGGCCGUGGUAUGGAGCUCUCCAGAAUAAACAGAGACGCAAGAGACAGGCUCUGCACUGCAGGCUUCUUAAGCACAGGCUUCUGCUGGCUGUGAUACCCUGGGUUGGUGAUACCAACCUGUCCUGCGCACAAUCUCCCCGGAGACCUGCAGCAGUGCAGACUCAAGCUGAUCGCAUCAGGAUGCAAUUAGAGUGUGCCCACCUGGCCAGCACGCCAGUGUUCACAUUGUUUAUUCAGCUCUUACAGAUUGAUACUGCAGGCUGCAUGGAGGUGGUUCAAGAGAGGAAAACUCAGGCAUCUAUAUUGCUCCAGCCUGGUACCCAGAACCCACAGCCACACCUUGUGCAGGCGUCCUCCAGUGCCAAGAACAGCACAGGCUGCCUCCUCCCAAGCAUGCCGUGUCAGCAAACUGCAAACAGAGCCUGCCACAAAGAGCGUCCACGCCUGGGGUUCUGCAGGACUGAAGCUACCUCCUCCCAAGUUUCUGUAGCAGCCCCACAUGGCCUCCGGCCAAAGCCCAAGACUGUAUCUGAGCUGCUUCGUGAGAAGCGGCUUCGAGAGUCCCGUGCCAAGAAGGCCACUCAGGCCCUCACUGCCCUCAACAGCCAGCUGCUGAUCUCCCCUGUGAUCCUCCAGCCUCCUCUGCUGCCAGUCCCCCAAGGUUCCCCAGCAACAGGCCCUGCAACAGCCAGUUUAGAACUCUCUGUACCUGUGGCCCCAGUGAUGGUGAGUUCAAGUCCUGGCUCCUGGCAGGUGGCUGGGAUCACAACCACAGAGAAGCAGCCCCCCAGCCUGCAAACCAUUCCCCUUAAUCCUUCCCACAAAGGGACCCAGGUUGCAGCCCCCACUGCUUUUAAGAGCCUGGCCCUAGCGCCCAGGCAGGUUCCCAUGAGUUGUCCUCAGAGUGCUCGAGGAGAGUCUCAGGCCUACGCCACACCUCAGGAGCAGGGCCUGCCCAAGGGCCUGCCCAUUCUCCCAGCACCCCCCAGCCUCACUCAGCUGUCUGUGCAACCCCUCAGUCUGCCACCAGUUCUUAGCCCACAGGCAAGUGGGCAGCCUGUGGCAACCAAGGCCAGUCUGCCUGUCAACUGGGUUCUCACAACUCAGAAGCUGCUCUCUGUCCCAGUACCAGCUGUGGUAGGCCUCCCCCAGUCAGUGAUGACUCCUGAGACCAUAGGACUGCCAGCAAAACAGCUACCUUCCCCGACCAAGACUCUAGCUUCCCUGGGGCAGCCUGCAGCCAGUGCAGACACAGGGUCCAAAGGGUCUCAGGGCCGGGAAAUACCACCCACAUCUGGUCCUGAAAAAAAGGCCUUGGACCUAAGUCUGCUUUCCCAGGAAAGUGAGACAGCCACACUGACAUGGCUGAAGGGGUGCCAAGGUGCUUGUGUGCCCCCACUAGGGAGCAGGAUGCCCUAUCACCCCCCUUAUCUGUGCAACUUGAGAGCAUUGUCCAACCUCCUCCUCCAUAAAAAGGACUUGGAACAGAAGGCUUCCUCUCUGGUGGCCAGUCAGACAGCUGGGGCCCAACCUGAUGCUGGGGCCCUACAAGUAUCCCUGGGGCUGGUACAGAGGCAAUUCCAGGACAACCCAGCCUACCUCCUGCUAAAGACACGUUUCCUGGCGAUCUUCUCCUUUCCUGCACUCCUGGCUACUCUGCCCCCCAAUGGUGUCCCCACUACCCUGUCACCAGCCAUGGCUACGGGUUCUGAGAGUGACAGUGAAGACCUCGGUGAUCCGGAGCUCAAGGACAGGGCUAGGCAGCUGGACUGCAUGGCCUGCAGAAUGCAAGCAAGCCCAGCAGCCACAGACCCUGUAGAGAGAGUUCCAGGUCCUCAUGAGGAUUCUGCUCCAUCCCACCUGGAUACUUCUGAUGACCUUGAUGUGCUCAGGACUCGACGUGCUCGGCAUUCCCGGAAACAGGCUACUGUGAGCAGCAAGGACAAGGACUCAAGAGGUCCAGAAACCCAUUCUUACACCAUACCUGACCAGAAGCCCACAACCCUCUGCAGAAGGAAGCUGUAGGUCUGCAGACUAACCUGUCUAUAUCAAGCAACAGGGACUCUGAUAGCAGUGUCUGUGUGAUCACAGGCCUAAUUGUUACCAAAUGCAAAGCCACAUAUGUGAAAGAAUAAAGUAAAUGCCUAUUUUUUUACUUAAAAA